AUGCUACAUUUCCGGCUAAUUCACCACGUCGUGAAGAUCUCCGGCCUCGGCUUCUCUGGUUGCCUCAAGGACUGUACGGACCUGGCCCAUAGAGUCUCACUCUUAACUCAUUUGCUUGAAGAAAUUGGGGAUUCGAAGAAAACCCAUAAAUAUCAUGAAACUUCUUUAAAUUCUUGCUUCUCUGAUCUCUCACUGGCUCUUCAGGCUGCUAUAAGGCUCCUCUUUGCUGCUAACAACUUCGAAGAUUCCAAGAUUUCCUCUUUAAGAUGGAGCGCAGUCUCCACGAACACUAGAGACCAAAUUCGGGCACUUAUGGAGAAGGACCCGGCUACCCAAUAUUUGGUCGACCUCAUCAAGCAUGGUAAAACUCGACAGUUCUGGCUAGAUGGAGAACUAGUGAAGACAAAGGGAGACCGUCUAUAUGUUCCUAAGGGUGGAGAUCUGAGGAAAUCACUAAUCACGGAAUGCCAUGACACAAUUUGGGCGGGGCAUCCCGGAGAGGAACGCACUUGUGCACUACUACAACGUGCAUACUACUGGCCUCAAAUGCGGGAUGACAUUGCAACAUAUGUAAAAACUUGUCUUAUUUGUCAGCAAGAUAAGGCAGAUCAUCAGAAAAAGGCGGGCUUGCUGGAGCCCCUUUCCGUUCCAUCCCGGCCAUUUGAAAGUGUAUCGAUGGACUACAUUAUUGGUUGGUUGUUGCUCCUCCUUGAUUCUUCUCGUAUGGGCAGCCUUUCAAAACUAUUCUCCAGAUUAUUCCAUUCUUGCUUCAAGAAGUGGGACAAAAUAAGAAGUCUCCAGAACUUUCUUUCAAAAGGCGGUGCUGAUUCUUCAGAUCGGAUUUGA